CAGGCCACCACGGGCUUGGAGCCCUGUGUCUCUCGUCAAGGACCCCUCCAUGCCACCGGCGAUUUGCUGCUGGUCGGCCUCAUCGAGUCCAAACAUGACACUGCACCGAACAGCCUACAACUACACUAGAACGCCCCAUCCUGGCCCUGGUCGUUGUCAGAAACCCGGGCUGCCAUCCCGUCGCUUGACCAUUUCCGCUUCUCUAACCAGGCUCAACAAUUGCAUGAUUCUGCCUGACCAAUCAUGCAGCCAGCGUCCAUUUGCUCUGAUAUGAGCCGCAGAGUAUCAAAAGGGCAGGAUGUAGACACAUGAGGGAAUGUACCAUGUCCUUGCCCGCUGUCAAAAUAUUGGUGGCCCUUCUUGAGCCACAUUGUUCUCCUGUCGCAUUCCGAUUCCGACGAACAGGCCUCAUGUGCUUGCACAUCUAGAAGAUAUCAUCUAAUCCAGGGCUGCACACUCGAGCCCCUUCAUAUAACAUCAUCUGCAGCCGAAGCUUACCUUACAGAGGACAUCCUCGAGCUACUAGGAGUUGGUAGCAGCGUUCAACUUAUGUGAAUCUGGAUGCUGUCAACUCCUCCGAAGUGGGACAGUUUGGGUGGAUCCUGGUCAGAGAAAACUGUCAGGAUACUUAGGUGGUGACCGAAGACCUUUCGAGUCGAACCACGACGACGAGACGAAUUCCUCUCGACAUCCGACCCCUCAGACGAUAUUGACCGAGAAAUUCAAGAGAGGGAGAACCUACAACGUCAAAAUCAGGAGAAAGGAAAAUAAUAGCUGAAGGAUCACCGUGUUUGGCCGUCACCAAGGACAGAGGACCUGUUGAAGCUCGAUAGGACCUACUGAGCCUUCAUGAAUUCCCAGUGUCGGUGAACAUACCUGUAAAUCGUUGCAUACAGGUUUUAUUGCAGCAAGGGCAAGCAAAUAUCUGAAGGUUGUCGACGGGUGCCACAUACACAGAUACGCAGGCUGGCGUAAAUUCAGACUUAACAGGAGGUCUUCCUCCUUCACGAGAGCCGCACAGCUCAAUGAUGUCUGCAAAUGAGCGGCGGCUCAUGGGCCCGCCGGAAACGCCCAACAGGCUCAUGGAACAAUCCCCAGGUCUGUUCCCGAGCCUGCAACUCUCUCCAGAUGUAUACGCACAUCAGUUCUCCGGUCCAGCUACUGCCCCGGCCUACACUGAUCAAAGGCUGUUUUGGGAUCCUUCAAGCGUCGGUUUCCAGGAGCAAUCUUUCCACCAGCAAUAUCAAGAUCCUUUUCAGUACAGCCCUUCAGCUCUGAGCUCUUCGUUCGCCUCAUCGUCAACUGUGGUCCCGAGUUUCUCUCCGCAAGCCAGUGUCCCACAAGAGCAGGUCUAUGAUUUACCGUUCAUGCCGCCUUCCAUGAAUUACUCAUACACCAACGGCCCGAUGUACCCGGCUUGUUUCACAACUUCACCGCGAAUGCCUCCACCACAUGCUGAGAACCCGAGCAUGUUCCUCAGCUCGCCAGCUCGCCGGUUCGGCACUGCUGAUCAAUACGCUUACCGGUAUCAGCAGCACAAUCUCACUUCGGAUAGACCGGCCUACGCCCAUCAGAUUGAAGAAUCGAGGCGAGAACAAGAGACCAAGCGGCAGAGAAUGGGUGAUGCGAUUCAGCCGUCUAUCACUCGAUCUGUAAAGGAGGCUUUGAAAAGACCUCUUUCGCCUAGAAAAGAUAGCAGGCCAGGCCUCAGAAGGAGCGCAACGCAUACAGGGGUUCGAGGUGAACGGAGCCUGAAACCCCCAUUGCAGGUUGUCACCCCAAGCCGAAAUCCCGCAGCAUCGGUGGACCAGAGUAGCCAACAUCGACCCGGUCGCUCCUCCCCGCUCAAGACCGUCGUUGACCCCAUAUCAAGGUCUCUCAGCAUGAGUCGUAACUCGAAUGGUACCCGUGGCUCAUUAUCCUUGGCAAUUGAUGAAGAUGGUGUUGCAAAAAUGGUUCUUACAGACCAGCCCCAGGGCGGGAACCCUGGUAGCGAGGCAGGAAAUGUUGACAAUAUGGACCUCCGUGCACUCCAUACUCAGGUCAACUCUUUCGGCUUUCCCGAUAAUGGAGAUCCUUCUCAGCAAGCUUAUGGCUUACAGAGGUCGUAUAGUCAUUCGAAGACGAGCUCGCGCUCUACGAAUGCUUCUGUUAAUUCUGUCAUGCAGCAAUCUAACGAUCCCUCCACAUCCAACCUCCAGAAUACCAAGGGCGUGGAAGGCCCUCAGGGUGCGCGCCGAAAGCGACCGCUCUUUGGAUUGGGCGUCGAAUCGGACAGUGGAACAGAAAACGACCUUCUUGGAAAUGCACAGCUUGCACUACGAGCCAUCAUCGAGGACCGAGAUCGUUCUGGCUUCACACAAAGGGACAGCUCUAAUAUCGGAUAUCUUCAAUCGUCCCCACCGAUGCAGCAAACCCAAUAUGCUAUGUAUAACGCUUCUCCCACCACUCUCACCGACCCGGAUCUUGCUACCCCAAGUACCGACAGGGACAGCCUGGCCAGUAACCAGAGCAUGCGAUGCGUAUGUAAUUCUUCUGUGUUGGACGGGUCGGUUCCCUUGAUUCAAUGCGAUUCAUGCUGCAAAUGGCUGCAUAGCAGUUGUGUAGGCAUCGACGCCAGGCGCAUACUGGAUUCGUACAUGUGCGUAUAUUGCGUGCAGACGCCCAAGCGCCCAGUCCAUCCGUCGCUCCGCCCUUCUGCGCUUCCCACGACUGCCAGCCCGUUGGCGCACAAGUCUAAACGGCACAGAUGACCUAGAUGACCGUCAUUGGAGGCGGUGUGUGUCAGGUAUCCGUCGGCUUUAUCGACUUAUCUUCUCUCGAGCGAUUCUAGCGAUUUAUGUACACGUAUAAUGUUUCCAUCUCCCGGCUAGGCACCGGGAGCCUUCACGGCCUCUGACAAAAGCUAUGCUCAUGCCGUUACACUGAAUAAAAUAUGGCCAGUGAUCUAUGAACCUCCUGUGACGGUAGUAGACGAUAACUUUAUUCUGGCAAGAACGGUAGAGCAAACCCUCCUCCAG